AUGUCGGUCGACCAAACGAUCACAGAGCUUAGUGGUACACUGGCACAAUUGAGCACAUUAGUCGCUCAUAUAAAUGGACAAAUUUCGGGUAUAACGGGUCGCAUCAAUUUAACACUCGACAAUUUUGAUCAGGCUGUUGCUAAUCUUGCCAAAGACGCUGGUAGUGUAACAUACAAGGUUGGGGAGACCGUACAACAGGUGCCGAACAGUUGGGUAUUCUAUCUAUUAUUCAUAACAUUGAUAGUAGUUUUCCUAUUAUUAUCCGUGGUACUCCUGUUGAAUUUGGUAACAAAAGCGCAUGCCAUAUAUGUCAUAAUGAAAAGCAAAAACGAUGAUAGCGAACGAAAGCUCAUGUCGGAAAAACAGUCAUUUACGAGGUCUUCUCGACCGAGAAGCUCAAUGCGACACGUACAAAUUCCGAUGGAAAACGAGCCGAGAAGGUUGGGACCACCACCACGAGAAACCAACUCAAUCGAUCGGCCUUAUCAACGACGAACUGACGACGCUGGAAAAUACAACAUGGAGCAGCCUCCUCGACAAUAUGGAGUUCGACUCGAAGUGUAG